AUGGCAGAAUAUGAAGCAUGUAUCUACGGUUUAGAGGCGGCAAUCGACUUGGGAAUCAAAAUUCUUGAGGUAUUCGGUGAUUCAGCUCUCGUAAUCAGUCAGGUGAAAGGCAAUUGGGAGACUCGGGAUAGCAAGUUAAUACCUUAUAAAGAGCAUAUCAGAAAACCGAUACCCUAUUUUGAUGAAAUCUCCUUUCACCAUAUUUCUAGGGAAGAAAAUCAGUUAGCCGAUGCUCUGGCCACGCUGGCAUCUAUGUUCAAAGUCAAAUGGAAGAAUGAAGCACCAUCUAUCCAGAUUGACCACUUAGAUGAACCAGCAUAUUGUCUAGCAAUUGAGGCCGAUCCUGACGAUAAGCCUUGGUUCUAUGACAUUAAAACAUUUUUGGAGAAACAGCAAUAUCCCGAGGGUAUAUCCAUUACCGAUAAGAAAGCUCUAAAAAGACUCUCUUCCAAGUUCUUCCUAAAUGGUGAUUUUAGAUUAGAUAUUAACUAG